UUUCCAUCCCUGUUUAACUUCAUGCGUAAGAGCAACAUAUUUUUCCACAGUCAAUCCAGCACAUAAAAGGUCAUAAAAAUUACCACACCAUGAACAUCUCAUCGAGUGGCCAUCUUCAUCUACUUUGUGAUUACACCCCGAACAAGUAGUCAUUAUCGUAAUGGUUGGUUUCGAUACUCGUUAUCAAUUUCUAGUGCGUGCCAAAAUUUCCAACUAGUCUAUGGAAUUAAUUAUUAGAGACAAGGCUGUAUGAACCAGGGAUUCUUCACCUUCAGCAAAAAUUAAAUAUUUAUUUGAAGUUGGCUGCACUGCUAGUAUGACAGUGACAAUGACAAUUCUCCGGAAAGCAAUGUCCAAUCAGCUGAUCGAUGCGCUAGGUUAUGUUUUUGCAUUUAACAAAUCAUAUUCUUUGUUUAUAUUGUUGCUUCUUAGUAUUUCUCAUAUUUAAAAUAAACGGCAAGUGAAAAAAUCUUACCCAAUAUGAUAAAGUGUCGAAAUACGAGUGUCAGGUGUUAAAUUGUUGCUGUUUGAGGCUAUUUGCAAGCACUGAACUUGCUCUUGGCAACCACACGCUAUUUCUAUGUGCACUAUUCACUUGAACCAGGUAUAGAAAUCAAAUUAUUUAAGAGAAACACAGAGACACCUUAUCUUAUCAAAUGCCGGAGACUUUAAAUGACAAUGUUAUUAUUUGUCCUGUUAUCGUCUCCAAGAUUUAUUUUUCUUUACUAUGUAGUAGCCUCAGUACGACCAGCCAGUCCGCACAUAGUUUAGACUUAAAGCAUAGUAAAAAGUGAGAGUUAUCUAGGAUAACAUCGUCAAUGUUGUGUCUUUUUCUCUAAAAUAUAUGCGCAUUAAACCGACGAGCAGCGUCGUGGUACAGACAAUUGUUACCUCCCACUUUUUUUAACUACGCUCUAAACUGUGUACGCACUAGCUGGUCAAACUGAGGGUAUUACAUAGUAGAGAAAAAAUAAACCUCAUCGGCGCGAUUAGAGGACAAUUCAGAUCGAACUUCACUUACAAAAUCGGGAGCAGUGGCGUGCAUUAGGGAAGACCUAUGUCCAGCAGUGUACGAGCAUGGGUUGAUGAUGAUGAUGAUGACCUGAAAUCAAGAGUAAGUGUCGAACGAGUAAGUGCGAAUACAUCUUGUUGAUCUUGUAACGUAACCAAAAUGACCCAAUUACGUAGUACAUUUUCAUUACUUGACUAAUUUAUACAGCAAAGUACAUUUUAUAAACAUUUCAUGUCCAUACGAAUCUAUGAGAAAAUAUACUCGGUCAUUCUGUCAAUGAUAACCCAAAGAAAACCGUCAAGGUUAUAGUAUGGAUAUGACAACACAAAAAACUAGUUGUUGAGCAUGAAUUAAUAAAUUUCAAGUUCAAAUCGGUAGUGCCCGGUUUUAUUUUUACUUGUCAAAUGGGUAAUUUAAUACUUACUGAAUUCGUUGAUUAAAAAUAAAUAAAUUUGUUAACAAAUAGUACUUAGUAGAUUAAAACCUUUAUCAACCUUCCUAAGCCCAAUUUUAGUAGAUACGAUGAUGUCAUCGCUCGCAUUGUAACGUAUGAGAACAAAUUGCGACGAGGCACGCUAAUGUUUGUUGCCUUACAAAAUACCGCUAUCUACAUAGUGUGAUUGUCGUGUAUUUUGUUGUAACAAAAAUGGUAUUAUUUACAAUCAUAUUUAUUAAUGUUGCUAUUUAUGCAUUACUUGUAAUUUAUAGUAAGCUCACGUGUGGUAUAAAUAAGUGCAGUAAACAUUUAGUGGGAAAGAUUGUGUUAGUGACAGGUGGAAAUGCCGGCAUCGGUUACGAAACAGCAAAAGAUUUAGCAGAUAGAGGAGCCAAAAUCAUAUUAGGAUGUAGAAGUGUUGUGCGAGGCACUGCAGCCAGAGACAAAAUAAUCGCUGAAACAGGAAACAGCAAUGUUCACGUUAAACAAUUAGACUUGGCCUCCUUUAAGUCAAUCCGUGCGUGUGCUGAUGACAUAAUAAAGAAUGAAAAACAGUUACACAUACUGAUCAAUAACGCCGGUAUGGUUGGUACGAGUUACAUGAAAACUGAAGAUGGGUUACUUCUUGAUAUGCAGGCGAACCAUUUUGGACCCUUCUUGCUAACGUCACUAUUGCUACCUCUACUGAAAUCGAGUGCACCCAGCCGCAUCAUCAAUCUAUCAUCGGAUGCUCACACAAGAGGCAAAGUAAACCUGGACGAUCUGAAUAUGGAGAAAGAGAAAUACAGCUCACUACAGUCAUAUUGUAACACUAAGCUGUGCAAUGUGCUGAUGACAUCAGAACUAGCGAAGAGAUUGGCGGGAACAGGAGUCACCACUUACAGUGUUCACCCGGGAGGGGUGUUGACGGAUAUUUUGAGAGAUCACUGGUGGGCUCCUUUGUUUAAAGUUGUGGUUGCGCCAAUGUUCAAGUCGCCGUGGGCAGGUGCUCAAACAACUAACUACUUGGCUGUGUCACCUGAGGUCGACAGUCUCAGUGGCAAAUACUUCGCAGAUUGCCGGGAGAAGACAGCCUCGCUUCUAGGCAGAGACGAGAAACUAGCGGAAGGACUAUGGCAUGUCUCUGAAAAGAUCACAAAACUAAAGUAAAAUAAUUACUAUUGUAUUUUGUGUAAAUGUGUUAAGAACCGUAUAUUGUUUGUUAGAAAAAAUAAUCAAUUAUAAUUUACUGUUAAACUUAGUUUAAUUUUAAGACCUAUCGAUAGUGAUAUGUUAUCUAAAUCAAAGUGCGAUAAAAGAUAGUAGUAGAUAAAUGAGUAGACAAUUCAGUAAAAUAUUUUUGUCGUCUAAUGUACAAUAGAGGCCUUAAAUUAUUUACAUAAGUACGAAAAUAAGUUCUAAUUCUCCUUCAGGCAGCAGGCUCACGUGACAAUUUUGACCUUAUGCGAGAUUAUUCGGUUCACUAGUUCAAGAUACUGCAAUAAACCCAUGAAGAACCAAUGCAGUCUUUCCACCCUAUUGUUUCUUUAUUAUGUUAUGCACUUAGUUCUACAUAUUAAAGAUUACAGGGAAAAAUAAUGGUGACUCAAAUAACCAUGACCCAACUUUAGCUCUUAUAACAAGAAACCAAAAUAAACGUCAUCAUUAUCAGCUUAUUAAUGUCCCUACUGCUGGGACAGGCCUUUCUUAUAGAUGGAAAAGGAAGGGAGUUUAGGCUGUAACCCAUCACGCGGGCCGAGUGCUAAUUGGUGGAUGCUAACGCCUGCAGAUGCAGCUGGGACCAACUGCUUAACGUGCCUUCCAAAGCACAUAGGAGCUCGAGAUAAUAAGCUUAUGGUCACCCAUCCAUUGACCAACCAUUACGAAAGUUACUUAACUUCCACCUACCUACGACGAUCGAGAUAUUUUGAGAGAAAUAUUCAAUUAAAUAUCGAGAUCAUUAAAUAUUCAAUUAAAUACGCAGCAUUACACUAAUAAGAUUAUUUUCUAACAUUUCAUAAAGGUUUCUAUGCUCAAUAUCUAUGUAAGUAUGUACGUACAUACUCAUUGAAAUUAUUCAAAAAACUAUGACAAACAUAAGAGCUACACGAGGCUUAUAAUAUUUCUCGGCUGAACUAUAUUUUAUGUUCAGCCAAGUGUUAAGGAUAAAAUAUAAAGAAAGGUAUUCACGUCGCUUUAGCGAGUUCCCUCUAUCUGGCAGAAUCUUAUUGCUCCAAAAUUAAUUUGGCAUAACACACUUCGCUGAAUCCUAUUUAAAAUAUCAUUGUUAAGGUGUGAGCUUAGCGUGUUCUAGAUACAAAGUACACGCUGACGCUGAAAAAGGCAUAUUUUAUAAUUUUUUUUUUGCCGAAUGUUUAUAGGUCCGAAUUAAAAAUUGCAUGCUUUUAAGAUGGCAGUAUAUUAUUAGGGAUAAUUUUGUGUUGCAUAAUCGAUGUUCAUAGUCAGGUUAAAUUAGUGUGGUGACGAAACACGUGCGAAGCAGGCGUGCCAAGCGCUAGCCACCUUAGCUAUACUAAUAUUUUAAAGAGGAACGAUUUGAUUGUUUCUUUGGUUUGUAUGUUUGUAUUGAAUAGGCUCCGAAACUACUGGACCGAUUAGGAAAACGUCGAUAUAGUAACCCAACGUGUGACAAAAAUAACAAAAAAAUACCUUACAUCGCGUACGCUGCGGAAGUCAUUGACAAUAGAGCAAAGUGAUGUACUAAAGUUUCAUAGAGGACAUCAAUAUCCUUAAAAAUGCACGCGAUACUAUAUGUGUAACUAUAACAGCUUUGUCACAACUAGAGGACUGUCCCCUGCGCGAUUUCACCCGCGUUAAUUUGAGGAAAAAGGAUAAAGUGUGACAUACUUACAAGAUGGACAUAUGCUGCCGUGGACUUUUUUUUAGAACUUUAAAAGAAAGAAUUCUGUUACACAUUAUUUUUGUAUAACAUUAACCGCUUAUCCAGCGCACGCAACGGAAGCUCACAAAUGGAAUAUUUUUUCCCAUUUUUGCAACAUACGUACUGAUCGUAGCGCGAUAUUAUAUAGUGAAAGUCAAAAGAAGAAAAACUAUAGUCUACACUACAGCUUUACACCGAAGCGAAGCGAGGGCGGGCCACUAAUAUAUUAUAUAAAUAAAACAAGAAAAACUUAAAUAUUUGUACGCCAAUUCUGCGAUAUGAUUAUUGUGGAUAUUAAUUAUAAGCCUAAAGAUGAUUCUGGCUUACAAAAAUUUACGUUUGAAUGUCUUUUAUAUGAGUGAAUUUCAAAUGAUUUUCUGCGAAAUGUAGUUGAUGCCAUCCGCUGUUAUGCAUAAUAAUAUUAUGACAAUAAAAGUUCUGGGAUACAAGGUAGACCUCGCUUUUAGGAAACAGUACCUAUUCACGCUCCCAAUAUCUGCUCAAGUAUAAAUACAAAAUAUGAAAGGAAAACAAAAAUGAAUAAAUACACUUUAUACAUACAUACAUUGUAUAUCAUUACGAUAUUUAUAGAUCAAGGAGCCAAUGAUUCGAACACACGGUUUUUUUUUUAGUAAUCAAUAACACUGCCGGCAUCGUUCCACAUCUCUCCGUCUAUACUAGGGCAUAAGGUUCCAUCGGCAUUAUUAGUCAGCAUAGAUAAACGACUAGGAUCUUCUUCGCUUAUAGCUCCUCUUAAAGCUGUCACCAUACGUUUACACUCUUCAGUUUUCUUCAAAAGCUUCUCGGAUCUUUCCUGCGUGCUUACUAAUCUCCGCUGAUCCGUCUGCACAUGACGUAUCUUCUUCCUUACCAAAUUUAUAUAGUAGUCGAUUUGCUUCUGUAGACCGUCUAGAGAGCAGAAGAAUCUAAAAUCAGCUAAUAUCAUGAGCACAAAAGAACCAUACAGUACAAGUAAUCCGACGCCGAAAUAAUAUAACUUUGGGUCAAUACUGGAUAGAAAAGGACAAUCCUUGCUCCAGGUGAGACAAUCCCAAAAAUACGAUUUGGAUUGUACAGUUUCUUCCAUUCGAUUCAUUUUAAUAGGCUUAUUUUACUGGUAAAUUUUGUAUUGCUCUUCGAGCUUUUACAUGGUCUUUGACAUAUUCUUGUUAUUGACAGUAUUUUUUUUAAUCGGC